AUGGACUUCAUCAUCUGCUUGAUUUACGCAAGAAGAGGGGGAGUUGACUUGUGUGGGGACGACGUAGCAUUCGGACAGCUUGACCUUUUACCCCCCGCUCGUUUUGCUUUUAUCAAAGAAUGUUCCACUGGUUUCUAUUUCUUCGAGAAAGUUCAAGACUUGCCAACAAGAGGAGCUACAGCUGUUCAGCAUUUUACCAUCAAUGGAAGUCUGUUCCUCGCCUUUUGGAACUAUCAUGGAGAUAUUCACAAACACAAAACAAGCUCCAUGAUUUAUAAGAUGAAUGAGCCGACUGGAAAAUUCACCUUGUACCAGACCCUGAAAACUAGAGAUUUCCUUGCUGUGGCUAAUCAUAAGGAUGGAACGUACCAACUUGACUCGGUAAUCUUUCAGUGGAAUGGACGACAGUUUUCGGUAUUCCAGAAGAUACCAACAAAAGGAGCUGCACACUUCAAGUUCUUUACGUUGAAUGGUGAAAAAUAUCUCGCGGUAGCAAACUUCCGUGAAGGAAGUACCUACUCUGUAAAAUCAGUCAUCUUCAAAUGGAAUGAAGUAUUCCGACACUUUGUCACACUACAGUCUCUUCAAACUUACGGGGCAUAUGACGUGAGGUCUUUUAACAUCAAUGGUCACACUUUCCUCGCUUUUGCUUGCUACCACUCUGAACGUUCUCACAACACUGAGUACUCGUUUAUUUACAAAUGGGAUAGUACCAAGUUCGUUCUGUUCCAGUGCAUUCCAACUCGUGGAGCCUUGGCUUGGCAUCCAUUCAUAAUCAGUGGUCAUACCUACUUGGGUGUGGCCAAUCACUACGACAGCAGUCAAAAGUACAACACUUAA